GUUUGAAUUUCCUACCCUUUUCCUCGUAGCCGUUAAAACCCUUCCCCCACCCUUAACUACCAUAGCUCUAGGGCUGCUCUCUCUCUCUCUCGCUCACACAAUGUCCCCCACUGCAGCUCUCAUCUCCGCUUCAUUUUGCCGCCGCGUACUCGAACAAUCCUACUUUCUCCACCGCUACCACCGCCGCCGUCUCCACUCGGUGAUAGAGUACCCCCUCACGCACCCAAUUUAUACAAUUUGGGCUUCCAACACCUCCCUCGGCAAAACCCUCGUCUCUGCUGGGCUCUCAAUGUCCUUUCUCUCCUCCUCAUCUGCUCCGUUUCCUAGAAAGAGAUUUGUUUAUGUUAAGCCAAUUCAGACUGGUUUUCCUGAUGAUUCCGAUUCGCGCUUUGUUUACAGAAAAUUCUCAGAGUUUUUCACUUACAAGCCGCUGCCAUUCUCGGUAUUUGCGUCAAAUUCUGUUUUAAAAGCUUCUAGUCCGGCUGCAAAUGCGGUUUUGAGGAAUGGGAUGGCAGGUGGUAGCUUAAGGACUGAAGCUUUCGGGGUUGAGGUUGUUGAAAAAGGUGGAAACUUCGGUGGUGGAUUAGAGAAUGUUCAUUGGUAUGAAGAGAGGAAAUUGCGGGGGAGUGAGAGUAAUGAAACUGAAUUGUUUCCGGCUUCACAGAUUGUUUGUAAGACGAUGUAUGCAUGGAAAGAGGCUGUGUCGCCUCAUUUAGCUGCUGAGAGGGAAGAAGCAAUGGUCGGGGACUCAGAGGUCUUGCACAUGCUGAAAAGAUGUUUAGAAAAUGGUUUGAUCGGGGCAUCCUGUAACACAGAAGAAAUGGAGGUUAUGUGUGUGAUUGAGACUGCUGGUGGAGUAGCCAGUCCCGGGCCAUCUGGAUCUCUUCAGUGCGACUUAUACCGCCCUUUCCGCCUGCCAGCAAUUCUUGUGGGGGAUGGACGAUUAGGUGGUAUUUCAGGAACUAUAUCUGCGUAUGAAAGUCUAAAGCUACGAGGAUAUGAUGUUGCUGCUGUUAUUUUUGAAGAUCAUGGUCUUGUGAAUGAGGUGCCGUUACUGUCAUAUUUCCGGAAUAGGGUGCCUGUAUUCGUGCUUCCAUCUAUUCCAACGGACAUGUCAGAUGACCUGAUGUCUUGGUUUGACAAAUCUCAGAUGAUUUUCACUUCUCUCAAGGAAAUAAUGCUUUCAGAUUUUCAGAAAAGAAUGCAGAGAUUACAUGACAUGCCAAAGAAAGCAUGUGAUAUAUUCUGGUGGCCAUUCACUCAGCACAAGCUUGUACCUGAAGAAAAAGUUACGGUUAUAGAUUCACGCUGUGGAGAGAACUUUGCUGUUCACAAGAGUUGCAAUCGGAUAUCUCAACAAUUUGAUGCUUGUGCAAGUUGGUGGACGCAGGGCCCUGAUGAUAACUUGCAGAUUGAACUUGCUAGAGACAUGGGCUACACUGCUGCAAGAUAUGGACAUGUAAUGUUUCCGGAGAAUGUAUAUGAGCCUGCUCUAGAAUUAGCUGAAAUUUUGCUUGAAGGCGUGGGAAAAGGAUGGGCUUCCCGAGUGUACUUCUCUGAUAAUGGAUCUACAGCAGUAGAAAUUGCUCUCAAAAUGGCAUUUCGCAAGUUCUUGUCUGAUAAUAAAGUGCUAUUGGACCUUGUGAAUGCUGAUGUGAAUGGAAAACGCAUGGAUCUCAAAGUUUUAGCUCUUCGGGGAUCUUAUCAUGGUGAUACAUUAGGUGCUAUGGAAGCUCAGGCACCUUCACCUUAUACUGGCUUUCUUCAGCAACCCUGGUACAGGGGAAGAGGUCACUUUCUAGAUCCACCAACAGUUUCCAUGUCUGAUGAUAUUUGGAAGGUUGCUCUCCCUCAGAAGAUGCAAUCUGGGAAAUCAGGACAUGAAUGUCUGUCUUUCAGUUCACGUGAUGAAAUUUUCAAGAGGAGCCGGGAUGGUUCGGAUCUUGCUAGCCUGUAUGCUUCCUUUGUAUUACAAGAGUUGCUUUCGCUGUCAGAUUCUAAUGGGAUUUCCCACAUUGGAGCAUUAAUUAUUGAGCCAGUGAUACAGGGUGCUGGUGGAAUGCAGAUGAUUGAUCCGCUGUAUCAGCGUAUACUUGUUAGAGAAUGCAAAUAUCGAAAAAUUCCUGUUAUAUUUGAUGAGGUUUUCACAGGAUUCUGGCGUCUUGGAACAGAGUCCGCAGCAGAAAUGCUCUACUGUCAGCCGGAUAUUGCCUGUUUUGCGAAGCUGAUGACUGGUGGCAUCAUACCCUUGGCUGUUACAUUAGCAUCAGAUGCUGUUUUUGAAGCAUUUACCGGAGAUUCUAAGCUAAAGGCUCUUUUGCACGGGCACUCAUACUCUGCACAUGCCAUGGGGUGUGCGGCUGCUGUUAAGUCCGUGAAAUGGUUCAAGGACUCUAACACAAACAUGAAUUUGAUAUCUGAAUCAAGAUCGCUUCAGGAGUUGUGGGAUGCAGCGUUAGUUUCCCAGAUCUCGUUACUUCCAGCAGUCCACAGAGUGGUGGCACUGGGAACUCUCUGUGCCAUCGAACUUCUAGCUGAAGGCCUUAACGCGGGGUAUGCCUCAAUGUAUGCAAGUUCUCUCCUGAAAAAUCUCCGAGAAGAUGGCAUCUACAUGAGGCCACUAGGAAAUGUCAUUUACAUGAUGUGUGGCCCCUGCACUUCUCCAGACAUCUGCCGCACCCUUCUGGGGAAAGUUUAUGACAGAAUCCAGGAGUUUGGCCUGCAGAAAGAUGAAUCUGCAGUCUUUGCAGCCUGAAAAUCUCGAAUAUUAUUACAUUCAUUGUCAUCUCCUGAUUAUAGACACAUUGGACCACUGCCAUGUUCAUGGGCACAAGUAUGUUCGUUUUAAUGUCUAUAUUAUGGACAUAUUAUUAUUAUUUUUUGGGUUAAUUACACUUAGAAAUUACAUUUUUCCAAAA